AUGUCCCCUCUGGAUAGGGAGCAGACAGACCCUGCAGCGUGGAGGAACGAGCCAGCCGAGAGCAGCUCCUCGCCGCUGCUUCCCCGCCCCCCAAAAGGCAUCAGCUCCCCACCCCCCGCCGCAUCAGCCCAGAGGGGAUCCCUCCCUCUCCUCCCCAACACACACGCACACCGCCACCAGGAGCGCCCAGGGAAGCCGCCUGCCGCGAAGAGCCCCCACCCCACCCCACCCCACCCCCGAAGGCAGCCCGAGCCCCCUCCCCGCGACGCAGGACUUGGGAGGAAGAGUCCGGCCUCUCCCCCCCUCGGGGUUGUCCCGCCGCUUGGGGGGGUCCGAGGGACGCCAUGCUGCGCCAGAAGGAGAAAAGGCGGAAAGCGGCGCGCUGGGGCUAAACGCCGGACCGGAGGCGCGGGCACCGGCAGCCCCCGGCCCCCUCCGCGGAUUCGCCCCCAGGCAGAAGGGGCUGGGAGGAGGAGGAGGGGGCGUCCCCGUCUGCAGGGCGACUCCGCUCCGACGCCCGCCCGCGCCAGGACGGCUCUUCCCUGCCGCCGAGGGGUCAGCGGCCUCUCGCCUCGCCCGGCUCCGGCCAUUGAGGCCUCGGCGCCUUGGCCCCCGCCGCCUCCCCUCCUCUCCGGCGGGCCGUGGCGCCUGGCCCCCUCGCCGCCCCGCCUGCGCUGCGCCCAGCUCCCCAGCUGCACGAAGCCCCGCGCCCCUCCGGGCGCCCUGCCGGCCGCCCCAUGGCCAGGGCAGCGCAGCAGGCGGAGCCUCCGCGGCGGGGGGGGAGGCGGCGGCGCCGGCGGCACCAGCCCCACCAGCCCCACCAGCCGCCCCGGCUCCCGCUGCCCCUGCCGCUGCUGUGAGGGCUGCAGCGGCGCCGGCGGGGCCCCCAGCAGGAAGGCGCUGCUCCUCAGCCGCUUCUGGGCGCUGCUGCCCUGGGCGCUGCUGGCGCUGGUCGUGCUGGACGGCGGCGGACGCCGGGCGCCCCCUCCGCUGGCCCGGCGGCCCCCCGCCCCCCCGCAGCAGCAGCAGCAGCAGCCCCCCGAGGGGGCGGCCCGGCGGCCGGAGCCCCAGCUGCCCCUCAUCUACGCCAUCACGCCCACCUACAGCCGUCCGGCGCAGAAGGCCGAGCUCACGCGGCUGGCCAACACGUUGCGGCAGGUGUCGCGCCUGCACUGGGUGCUGGUGGAGGACGCGGCGGCGCGCAGCGAGCUGGUGGGGCGCUUCGUGGCGGGGCUGGCCCGGCCCGGGGGGGGCCCGCCCUGCACCCACCUCCACGUGCCCACGCCCCCCCGCUACAAGCGGCCCGGCCUGCCCAGGGCCACCGAGCAGCGCAACGCCGGCCUGGCCUGGGUGCGGCAGAGGCACCAGCGCGCGCCCGCCCCGCCGCCCCCCGGGGUGCUCUUCUUCGCCGACGACGACAACACCUACAGUCUGGAGCUCUUCCAGGAGAUGCGCACAACCCGUAAAGUGUCUGUUUGGCCUGUGGGGCUGGUGGGCGGACGACGCUAUGAACGCCCCAUUGUGGAAAAGGGCAAAGUUGUUGGCUGGUACACUGGCUGGCGAGCAGAUAGGCCUUUUGCCAUUGACAUGGCAGGGUUUGCUGUGAGCCUUCAGAUAAUCUUGUCCAACCCAAAAGCUGUAUUCAAACGCCGUGGAUCACAGCCUGGGAUGCAGGAAUCUGAUUUUCUGAAACUCAUAACCACAGUGGAAGAACUGGAGCCAAAGGCAAACAACUGCACAAAGGUUCUUGUAUGGCACACACGAACUGAAAAGGUAAAUCUAGCUAACGAGCCAAAGUAUCACCUGGACACAGUCAAAAUUGAGGUAUGAUCUGUACACAUAAAAUAAGAUGUACCAAAAUUAAUGGAGGCAACUGUGUUAUACCUACUGAACUCGGUUAAACAUUCAAACACUAUACAGCUUGCUGUUGUGGAACAACGUCCUUUACUCAUCUAAAGAAAGACUUCUGUGCAAACAAUC